AUGGAGCAGUUCCCACCGAAAUUCAGUAAAGUUCUGGUGACACCUGACCCACAGUACAUCCCAGGGGAUGCAGGGUAUUGUCCUCAGCUGAAGUAUCAUCUGGGCCGGUCAUAUGGUCAGUUAACAGCAAAGCUCCUGACUUCUCCUGAGGUGUCCCGCUCGCAGAGACUUGUGCUCCGUACCGGCAAUUUCCCAUCCACAGAGAAUGACACCAGGACACCUGACAAGAUCUGGAGUAGCCAACUUGAAGGGAGAAGGAACCUGGAGAAAAUGAUACAAGGAUACACAGGUUUUGUACCACUGGGUCAAAACUACUUCUGCAAAACAUAUGCAGAAACGUGUCGAGAGGCGCUAUUAGAAUUCAACCAGAAACAAAAGAGGAGGUUUCUUACAGCUUCUGAUGAUCUGCCUCUUGCUGUCAACAAUAGUGUCCCAGAUUUCAAUCCAAGAAGGUUGAACACCCCUCUGAUAGCCAUAUCUAAAGAUCCAGCACCGUACGUGGCCCCGGACCCCUGGAAGCCACAAGGCUCUCCAUACCUAAUGGAGGAUAGCAGCAUACAUAAGUAUUUCAUCUCAGGUUUUACUGGAUAUGUCCCCAAAGCCCGGUUCCUCUUCGCUGGAUAUCCCAUCACCACCAACAAGGCACUGAUCCAGUUUGGCAAGGAAAUGAAGGCAGGUCAUACAUCCAUUGACUUUCCGGAGGAGGAGACCAACGUCUUGCCUAGGAUCACUACAAUAUACCCCUCCAUGUCUGGACUCCUACCCUCCUACACAGGGCACAUACCAGGAUACAGGUUUCAAUAUGGUCAUACGUUUGGGCAGAUCACUCAUAAUGCUUUGGGACUCACUGGUACAUGAGGAAGAAAAGUAGGGAAAAACAGACUGAACUGA